GGAUCGUGUUUGGUGUGAAAAGAGUAAUAAUGAUGGCGAAGAUAGCUGAAGCAAAAGUGGUGACCACAGAUGUUUUCGAAAAGGGAAGUAUCCAAUGGAAGCAUUUCAACAUUGACACAAAUUCUCCUUCUUCACCUCCAAAACCAUUGCUGAUAUUUACACCAACUGUGCCUGGUGCUUACACUGUAAUAGUUUUCUACCAUGGUUUCUGCAUUCCACCAAGUUACUACUGUGACCUCCUAUCCCACAUAGUUUCACAUGGAUUCAUAGUUGUUGCUCCUCAGCUGUUCUGCAGUUUGCCUUUGCUUGAAUGCGAUGAAAUAAAGGUUGCAGGAAAAGUGGUGGAUUGGCUGGUGAAGGGGCUUCAACCUUUGCUUCCUGAGAACGUUGAAGCGAAAUUGGAGAAAGUGGUUCUAUCAGGUCACAGUAAGGGUGGACAAACUGCAUUUUCUGUGGCACUAGGAUAUGUUAAAACGAUGCUGAAGUUUUCUGCACUGAUAGGCAUAGACCCUGUGGGAGGAUUAUCUCAGUGUAAGGCUAGCAAAACAUCUCCUAAAAUUCUGACAGGGGUGCCACGCUCAUUGAAUUUGAAGGUUCCCGUUGCUGUAAUAGGCACUGGAUUGGGACCAGAAAAGGCUAAUGUUCUUUUUCCACCAUGUGCUCCUAAAGGGGAGAACCACGUGGACUAUUUCAACGAGUGCAAACCCCCUUGUGCAAAUUUUGUUGCAGCAGAUUAUGGACACAUGGACAUGUUGGACGAUGAAACACCUGGGAUAAUUGGGACCGUGCUGUCAAAGUGUUUGUGCAAGAAUGGGAAGGGUCCUAAGAAGUGUAUGAGAAAGACUGUGGGAGGAUUGGUUGUGGCCUUCUUGAGGGCACAGUUGGAUGAACACUUCCAGGAUUUUGAGGCUAUUUUACACAAUCCUGGUCUUGCUCCUGCUAGACUCAAUGAUGUCAAGUACAUACCAGCAUGAAAACAACAUUUGCUUUAGCUGUUUCUCCCUUUCUAUGUUCUAUUAUAUGUUUGUUUAUGUGAAAGGUCUUCCUAAGAUGUUUCAAAUAUAUGUUAAAUACAGUACUUUAUUAAAAAAACUAGAACAAAGCACUCCAUUGCUGAGACUCCAUUGCCUCCUUAUUCACUCAUAGGAAGUUCUUCAUUUAAACACCUACAGAAGCUUCCUUAAUGGCAUGAAAACUGCUCAUAGAAAUGCAGCAACAGAAACCAUGUAUUGCAUCUAACAUGAAAAUCUUCCAAAAGGUAAAAGUGUGGGUCUUCCAUUGAUAGUGAAAGUCGAAAAUCGUACCUGCAACAAAAACAAACCACUCUAAACCACAAAGUC